AUGGUUCCAGGCAACAUCAAGACCUUUUUCCAAGCCGCUGUAGCCCAAGGCGUCCAAGACAAAGACUCCGGCUCUGUUAGCCGCAACUACAACCCCCGUACUCUGGACGAGGUGGAUAUCUCCGUGGAUUGGCCUUCAGGAGUCAAGAUCCCGUUCGACGAAGCCGAGGGCAACAAGCAGCUCAAAGCAACGUCGGACAACUGCCACCGCAACGACCCUGCCAAUCCUAUGAACUUGAAGGGCGGCGGCACCACUACUAUCAGGGCCACCACCCCGGACCUAAAGGUACUGUAUCACAUCACGCCCAAGAGUGCGCGCCAACCACAGCCUAACAAGCCCGGUGGCUCUUGCAACAUCGCGUACGAGUUCAUUUAUGAUGAGUUCUGGAUCUGGGGAAAUGGGUAUGCAACCUCUGACUUCGGGCAACUGAGAAACGGCUCGAUGCAGCAACUGAAGAGUUGUGACGGCCUCAGGGACUGGAAUUUCAACUAUGGCUUGGGUGAUGAUGAUAACAUCCUAAAUUCCGAUUAG